AAAUUAUUCUGAUAUUAUGAAAUGAGUGACUCAGACCACUCUCCACUCUCUGUACAUGGGGCACUUGGAUUUUGGACAGUGGAGUAGUAAAUCGGUAUUCGCUAGUCACUAGUCAUUACACUGCUCACUGCUCAGUGCUGUAAACGACGGCGACCGGGUGACUUGUCACUGUUCGUUGUGCAAAUUUUGGUUGUAUACGUUGUGCGUACUGCGUUCCGAUUCCCGAGUGUCGUCGUACAAGAGUUAUAUUACAAUAUAAAUCCAAUCAUUAUUAUUUUCGAAGCGGUUGGCUGUGUAAAAUAUAUACCGACGCGUAAAAAACAUAUAAUAUAUUAUUAUAAAUUAUACAUAAAAUAUUUGUAUUUGAAAAUCGCAAGUCUCAAAAAAUUCAAAUGUAUACCAAUCCAAAUGUAGCACCAGCACCACCAGGAUUUUCUCAAUAUCAUUCACCUCAAAACCAAUAUCCACCAGCUGGUAAUCAAAAUCAAUAUCCACCAGAUGGUAAUCAAAAACAAUAUCCACCAAUCAGUAAUCAAAAUCAAUAUCCACCAAUUGGUAAUCAAAUUCAACCAUAUCAACAUGACCAAUAUAAUAUGUAUCAACAUCAACAACAAAUGCCACCACAACAAAAUCAGGGGUAUUCUGUAAUUCAAAAUCCAAACUAUCCACCUCCAUAUUCACAGCCGGGUUAUGGACAAGUUAUUCAGCAUCAACCCGGUGCAUAUCAACCAUCUCCUCAAGUGGUAGCUGAUGGUUGGAUGCCUAUUCCUCAAGCUAUACCACAAAACUGUCCAAAUGGACUCCAGUAUCUUUCAACAGUUAAUCAAUUACUUGUUAAACAGCAAGUAGAAAUUAUAGAAGCUUUAUUAGGGUUUGAGACCAACAACAAGUAUACAAUUAAAAAUAAUGCUGGUCAAAAAGUAUUUUAUGCUGUUGAAGAUAAUGAUUGUUGUACGCGAAAUUGCUGUGGGCCAAUACGACCUUUUGAAAUGAAAAUCUUGGAUAACUAUAAAAAUGAAGUUAUACAUUUAUCAAGGCCGUUAGCAUGUCAAUCUUGCUUUUUUCCUUGCUGUUUACAGAGAAUUGAAGUAUUUUCUCCACCUGGGUGUUUGGUUGGAAUCGUUGAACAAGAUUGGUCAAUUUUAACACCAAUAUUCACCAUUCGUAAUGCAGCUAAUGAAGAAGUAUUAAAAAUCGAAGGACCAAUAUGUCGAUAUAGUAUGUGCGGUGGAGAUGUUGAAUUUAAAAUAUUAUCUAAGGACAAAACCACUGUAGUUGGCCGUAUAUCCAAACAAUGGUCUGGACUCUUAAGGGAAGUAUUUACUGAUGCCGAUUUCUUUGGUAUUUCUUUUCCUAUAGAUCUUGAUGUCCGUAUGAAAGCUGUUAUGCUAGGAGCUUGUUUUUUGAUAGAUGUCAUGUUCUAUGAAAAACGAGGAAAUGUAGAAAAUGAUGGAAUUGGACUUUGUUAACUUCCAUUAUAUUAUGUAUAAUAUUUUACUUUAAAAUCACAACAGAAAUCAUGCAGUUAUUUGUUACUAUUUUAGCUUUAAAUAAUUAAAUUUAAAAUUUUGAAUCUUUAAAUCUUUACAUUAAACAUUUUUUUUAAAUAUUUUUAUAUACAUUCUAGUUUGUGAAAAACAGUUUGAAAAUAAUCAUAGUUCAUAUUUUUUUAUACUUCAAUUCAGGUGACAACCAAUUUGUGCCUGGACAUACCCAUUGAUUAAAUCGGUUCUCGUUGUUAGCCUGGCACUUAGCUAACGCAGCCAUACCCAUUCAAUUGCCUCCGCGGGCGCAGAAGCUUUUCACCUGGGAUUACUAUUUAUAUUCUUAACUAUAAAAUAGUAUUAUUUUUGGUAGGUUUUAUUCGAGGACAGGCAUUAAAUAAUUGUUCAAAAUUGAAAAGUAAACUGUAGUUUUAUUUUUUUGUAAUUUCAUAUUUAUUUAACUCCAAACUUAUUUUUCACUUUUUCUUGGAAUAUCACUUGAUUGUUGUAAAAAUAUUAAAAUAUUCCAUAGGCUUGUUUGAAUAGAAUUAUUGUGUUAAGAUUAACAAUUCAAUUUAAAUCUAUAAACUUAACUGACAAUUAAUUCUACUUAGUUACCCUUUUAUAAAUACUAAAAAAAACUAUAUAGUUCACUAAUUUAUUAAUAUUAAAAAUACAUAAACAUUUAUUUUUUUGUUAUAGUAAAAAAAUUUGAAAUUUUAACAGAUAUAUAUUUAUAUUUUGUUUAUUAAUCAAUUUGAGUAAUUUUAAAUAGCUAAAUGUUUUUCUUUAUUAUUGAAAUUAUAAUACACAAACAAUAUACAGUCUAUUUGCGAGUACUUUUCGAGUCCAGAAGAUUUUUCUAGCUCAGUUUCAUAACAUACCAUACCCCCUUCCACUACUAUAAUCUGACUGAUGUUGCCUAUUGUGCAGGCAUGCUGCUAUCGCUUCUAUUUGUAGUAAGUUGUCCAGUUGAUGGUUGCAUUUCAGUAUGUUCAUAUGAUAUUAACAUAAUAAUAUAAAUACAUUCUUUACAGCUGUUGAGAGGCUGAUUUGACACUGUUAAAUAAACCUGUUAAGUGGUAAAGGUAAUAGGCCCGACGGCAUCUUGUGUAGUAUACUGCUGAUAAGUACUCUUACGUAAUUGGAUUAAAGUACACGUGUAUGCUAAGAAUAACAUAAAACUAUAUAAGUUUUAACUGAGAUUAUUGAAGAUAUUUCAGUAAAUCCUAGUCAGUAUUAUUUAAUUAUACAACAUGUCUGUAAAUUGUUUAUAAAAUACAUUAAAAUAACUUUUACCAUAUUUUCGGAAUGAUUUAUUGAAGGUGUAUUUUUAUUGCCAAAUAACUUAUUUUAAUUAAUUAAAUUUAAUUACCAUAUAUUUUUUUGUCGAACAAAAAUGUAAACGUAUAAGUAAAAAAAUAAAUAUUUUUGCAUAUGAAUUAAUAUUAAUUAGCCAUUUAUUAGUUGUGAAUAUUAUUUUACCUUAUUUAAAAUUUAAUAAUUUAUAUUAUACUUUUAUGAAUUUUUUUUCCAUUUUUAUUAUGUGUAUUGCUAAAAUUGAUUUGAUUAAAGUGCACAAUUAUUUGUAACUAAUAAUUUGUAUGCUAUUAUUACUAUUGUAAUGUAAUAUCUAAUUUUAAAUCUAAAUUAAUAUUUAUUUUUAUAUAAAAUAUUUUAUUAACCAAUAUCUUUACUAUAGCACAUACUAUGCACUUAAUGAUACUUGACGUGACAUGACAGUAUUAUAAUAUCUAAUAUGCAAUGUAUUUUUUAUGCUUAUGCUGUGUAUUUGUUGGUGUUUGAUUAAAUAUAUUAUUUGUUAUGCUCA